AUGGUGGCGAAACAACCCGCGGGGGUGGCGCCCGAGCGUAAGCGCAGAAAGCGCAGAGAUAAGGACAAGCCGAAGCGCGCGAUGUCGGCGUACUUGGUUUUUUUAAACCGACACCGCGAACGGGUUCAAAAGAAAUCUCCGAACGCGAGCGUCACGGACAUCACCAAGGAGUUGGCGUUGAAGUGGAAGACGGUGAGUGACGCGGAGCGGGCGGAGUGCCAAAGAGUCAGCGAUCAAGAUAAAGAACGAUACUAUCGCGAGAUGCGCGAUUACGUACCGCUUCCAGAUGAAAAGGAGGAUGAGCCAGCCCCGCGAUACGACAAAGACGGUAACAGGAAGCGCAGAAAGAAGGAUAAGGCGGCGCCGCGUAAAAAUCGCUCGGCGUACAUCAUUUGGGCUCAGGAGUACCGCGAGAAGCACUUCCGACCGAAGGCGGCGACGCCGCAGGCGGUUACGUUCCGCGAGCAAGCCGCCAUCCUCGGUAGCGCGUGGAAGGCUCUCAGCGCCUCUGGCAAGAAGAAGUACGAAGACAUCGCGCUGCAAGAAGCACAAGCGUACGCCAUCAAGCGUGACGCAUACCUCGCUGAGAAGAAGGCGCUCGCUCUCGCCGCUCGCGAGGCGAAGCGCCAGCGUUUGCUCGACGAGAAGCGCGCCUGGGAGGCGACCAAGGAAGCCGCCGCAAAGCUCAAGCAGGAGCGCAAGGAGGCCAAGGCUGCGGAGAAGGCCAAGGACGACGAUAAGCCGAAGGGCUCUCUCUCCAAAGUGGUCGCCAAGCCGAAGAAGGACACGGCCAUGCUGGCUAAGAUUCGCGAAGCCGUCAUGUCGGCGACGCAGUCUGAGAACGCCUACUACGCCGUUCUCGACGUGCACGAGACCGAGCCGGAAAAGGUCAUCGCUCAGUACAAGGCCAACCUCGAAAAGCGAGCUUUGCCGGACGGUAAGACGUUCCUCGUCAACGUCCUCGGCUUCGAUAACGCGGCCGCUUACAUCAAUCGAUAA